CAUAUUUUUAGGUGUUAAAAUUGGAAUAGCUCUGGAUAUAUAAAAGGCGAACGCGCGCUAGCUUGGCUCAGUCGAUAUUGAAGCGUAUACCGCUCCAUCCAGUUACUUAUAAAAAUGCAGUCUCUCAGUACAGUCAUUAUCUUCGGUAGAAUUCUUCUGCCAUUCGUUACACUUGCCUCCCCAGAUGCACUAUCAAAACCAAGGGAUCGGGAAUGCGUUCAAAUUCCAAAAGUAGUUACAGUGGAACAGGUCACUGAACCAGUACAGCAUGCAGAAGGGCCUCACUGGUCUCAUCAACACCAAACAUUGUACUUUGUCGAUAUUCAUGUACAGAGGAUUUAUCAUCUAAACACAGUAACAGGAAAAUUGACAUUCGCUUAUAUAGCCAAUGGUCCAGUCGGAUUCGUAAUUCCCGUUGAAACUUCGUCCAACCAAUUUAUAGCAGGAUCUGGAACGGAUCUAUUGUUUGUUAAAUGGGAUUCCGAAACCAAUUCUUACAAUCCUCAGACUGAACUUCUGUGCACCGUCGAUCGUGAUCGCAAUGGAACUCGUUUCAAUGAUGCAAAAUGCGACUCACAUGGACGGCUUUGGGCUGGAACCAUGGGAGCAGAAAAUGCAUCUGGUGAUAUCGUUCCUGAUCAAGCAUCGUUGUAUCGGAUAUCGUCUGACUUAGUUCCUGAUAGAGUAAUCGUACCAGUGAGCAUUAGUAACGGUCUAGCAUGGAACCAUGCAAACAACAAGUUUUAUUACAUUGAUUCCCCUACGCAGCAAAUUGCCGCUUAUGACUUCGAUGCUAACACAGGAAUCAUUUCAAACAAACGGAUCGCAUUCGAUCUAGAUGAACAUAAUAUCAGUGGUCUCCCUGAUGGCAUGACCAUCGAUACUAACGACAAUCUUUGGAUAGCAGUAUACGGUGGAAAACAUAUACUUAACGUCGAUCCAGUUGAAGGCAGAUUGCUUCGAGCCAUUGAAAUUCCAGCUGACAGAGUGACGAGUCUAAUGUUUGGUGGUCCUUCGUUGGAUAUCUUAUAUGUGACGACUUCUCGGUACGGCUUAACAGAUGCUGAAAUUGAAGCUCAGCCAAGGGCUGGGUGUGUUUUUGCAGUAAAAGGUUUGGGAGUCAAGGGUUAUCCAGCAAACACAUUCACCCGAUAUGGAACAAUCUCUUAAAUUAAUUAUGAACUCAUUACUGAUCAUACCAUAUAUUACUCCCAUGAAAGUUUCGCAGACGUGACAUUUUUUAUACAACAGGUAACUGUGAAAAUAUAUACAUCUAUACACAUACGUCUAUCCUAUGGAUGUGUUGGUUUAUAUCAAUUUUCCGUGAGGCAGACCUGUAUUCAAAACUACUGACUCUUUUUUAUAUAUUUUCAUAUUUCUAUGAUAGAAAGGUAAUAGCUGUAU